AAUCUUCCAAAAGUUUGAUCGAUGGUAGUGUCGUAAGCAUCUCAAGAUCGCUCAUAGCCUGCUGAAAGCGAAUGAGCGCUUGCUUUUGCGAUGACACAAUACUCGUCCUGGAUUACCAAUCAAUCUGAGUAUAUAUAUAACUAUAUGCUGGUACCCCGCAUCUUCUUUCGACCUCCAUCAUUUCAAGGUUGAAGAACAAUCGACCGAAACACGCAAAGAUUAUCAUAAUAGGUCUGGAAUGAUAUAAACCUCUGGAGUGAAGCCUAUUAAAACCACAGACAUAGAUAAUAAUGCCAGUUCCAUUCCCCCCAGCCGGCCAUUCCGAGGACGUGUGGCGGAGAGUCCGCGCAAUCUUCAACGGGCAGAUGGUGGUUGAUGCAAAUGUUCCUAAACUUGUAUGGGAACACUCCUAUUUCCCAAUCUACUAUUUUCAAUCUGCCGACAUUCGAUCGGAAUACUUGACUAACAAACAAACGGGCGAAGACGCCGACAUAUACGAUUUGACAAUCAACGGGAAAUCCUCACCAUCCGCUGUUAAACAAUUCAAGUCAGGUGACUUGAAAGGCUACUUCAAGAUCGAAUCUGGCAAAGUCGAUGCCUGGUUCGAGGAAGAUGAACGUAUCUUCGGUCACCCAAAGGACCCGUAUAAACGGAUCAUUAUCUUGCAGUCAUCAAAAAAGGUUCAGAUAGAGAUCGAUGGCGUGGAAGUGGCUAGCACGUCACGUCCGAAGCUGUUGUAUGAGACUGGAUUACCGGUCAGGAUAUACAUUCCGCAUACGGACGUUCGGUUGGAUUUACUGGAAGAUGAUGUGGACAGGACGUCUUACUGUCCGGUCAAAGGCGAUGCCAGCUAUUAUGUCGUCAAAUUACCCAAUGGCGACCGGAAACAUGGUCUGGCGUGGUGGUACAAGACACCAAAGAUAGAGAGCGCAGGGAUCGAAGGACAUGUUGCGUUUUACGAUGAAAAGGUCGAUGUGCGGGUUGACGGCGUUUUGAAUCAGAGACCGACAACGAAGUUCUCAUGACCUUCGACCUGACGACCUUCGUUGGUGGGUGGAAGAUGCUAUUGCCUGAGUUUCGCAAAUUGCCUAAUCGGGAAACCGAUUUCUAGUUUUGGUAAUUUUCUGCUAGCGCUCGUGACGCGGCGCAUGAGUGUCCCAUCUGUAACCAGGAGAGAAAACGCUUUUCAAUAAUUGAUGAAUAACGGU